AUGCCAAAGGACAUUCAGACACCUCCAGGCACAGGUCAUGUCGGCACAAUGACCCCCGACCAGAACGAGCUCCUCAAGGAGAUGUGGUCCCAGAUCUUCAGCAUCGCAGACUCGGGCACCGUCAACGUCCCCACUGAUAUCCUCACCGCUACCGAGACUGCGUCUGCUGGUUCUGAGACUGCGUCUAUAAAGUCCAAGACGGCCACCAAGAAGGGCUGGUUCGGCACCUCCAAAGCUGCAUCUCCAGCUGUUGCUGCUGGUGAGGAUACUCCUUCGGUGCGUGUUAACCUUACCGACAUCGGUCUCUCGGUCGAGCAGCUGCGACCUGCCCUUUGGAACAACAUCCUCGGCGAUCAUCCAGGUAUUCGCGCAGAUUCUCUGUUGUUGCGAUUCCUGAGGGCGCGUAAGUGGAAUGUCAAUAACGGGAUGACCAUGAUCCUCAAGGCGUUCAAAUGGAGACUCGAGGAUGACAUCGAGGAAGUCAAGUCAAAAAGCGAGGACGAGCUCGACGCCAAGUACCGAGGAUUCCGCCUGCAGAUGGAGCUCGGAAAGUCCUUCGUCCACGGCACCGACAAGGAGGGUCGCCCCAUCGUCUACAUCAACGUUCGUCUCCACAAGCCCGCCGACCAGGACGCCAAGGCGCUGGAAAAGUUCACAAUCUAUGUCAUGGAGGUCGGCCGUUUGAUGAUCCAGCCCCCUGUUGAAACCGCUUGCUUGGUCUUUGAUAUGACUGGAUUCGGACUCUCCAACAUGGAUUACAACUUUGUCAAGUUCUUGGUCCAGUGUUUCGAGGCCUACUACCCCGAGUCACUUGGAAUUCUGGUUAUCCACAAGGCUCCUCUGGUCUUCUGGGGUGUCUGGAAAAUCAUUGAGCCCUGGCUGGACCCCGUCGUCGCUUCCAAGAUCCGCUUCACCCGUAGCGACAAGGAACUGACUGACGUGAUCGAGGCCGAGCGUCUCCCCAAUAAGUACGAAGGAGGAAAGGACCAGUUCACAUACCAAUACAUCCCCGUGCAGACUGGCGAGAACGAUCGCAUGAAGGACGCCGAGACCAAGGAGCGACUCUUGGACGAGUGGAAGUCUCAUAUGUGGAAGUUUGAGUCUUUGACCCGCGAAUGGAUCGAGUGCAAGAAGGUCGAGGGCGCCAGAGCCGAGGAUGUGAUCGAGAACGAGCGUAAUGCUCUUGCGAAGGAGCUCCGUGUCGCCUACUUCAAGCUCGACCCUUACAUCCGCGCCCGCAACCUCUACCACCGCUCAGAGCACCCCGUCCUCCAGGCAGACGGUGCCACUGUCUGGACCUACAAGAACUAG